GCGGGAAUGACUUGACCGAUGGAGCGACUUCGUUCAAGCAAGUUCAGUUUCGGUACAAACCAACCAGCGAGAUGGUGCGGCGGGACCUCACGUGCAACAUUGCGGGCGGUGAAAAGAUUGCGAUCGUCAGCCGCACGGGCGCCGGCAAGUCGAGUCUCACCAUGGUCCUCUUCCGCAUGUACCCGUUGGUGUCUGGGUCGAUCCGCAUCGACGGUCGAGACAUUGCGACGGUGGCCAAGCAAGACCUGCGGCGGCAGCUCUCGAUCAUUCCCCAGUCGCCCGUCCUCUUCAAGGCGACCCUCCGGCAGUACUUGGACCCGUUCGGGUCGUACGACGACGCUGCGUUGUGA